AUGAAAUGGGUAACAUUGCUUAAGGACAUAAAAGAGAAGGUCGGUUUAACUCAAUCUCCAUCUUCUAGUUCACCAGCUACUGCUGCUUCUUCUCCUCCUUCCUCAUCGCCUGCUUAUUCACACAAUGCUUCCUCUUCUUCCACUUUUCAAGACUUCGCUUCAUCUCCUUCCAGUAUGCCAUUUCACACUGAUGUAAACUUUUCUGUUCUUUUUCCCCCUAUGAAAUGCAGAGAUAGAUAUGAAUUGGAAUUGGACUUCAAGAGAUUUUGGGAGGAGUUCCGCUCAUCCAGCUCCGAAAAGGAGAAAGAAACGGCCUUGAAUUGGACUGUAGAUGUUUUUUGUAGAUUAGUGAAGCAGCACGCUAAUGUAGCUCAGUUAGUUACCAUGUUAGUUGAAACGCAUAUAUUUGCUUUUGUUGUGGGAAGAGCAUUUGUAACCGAUAUUGAUAAAUUAAAAAUCGGCAGCAAAACAAGAUCUUUGGAUGUAGAGAAAGUGUUGAGAUUUUUCUCUGAAGUUACGAAGGAUGGCAUCAGUCCUGGUUCAAAUUUGUUAACCGCCGUUGAAGCCCUUGUAUCUGGGCCUAUCGAUAAACAAUCGCUCCUUGAUUCUGGAAUAUUAUGCUGUCUCAUUCAAAUUCUCAGUGCCCUUCUGAGUACUGAAACCUAUCAAUUGCAAAAGCUUACAAACUCUGAAGGACCAUUGCUACCUGAAAAAGAUCAAGAUGAUGCUUUAGGGCAAGUUAGACGGCUUGAGGUGGAGGGAAGUGUAGUGCAUAUUAUGAAAGCACUGGCAAGCCAUCCUGCAGCUGCACAAAGCUUGAUUGAAGAUGAUUCACUUCAAUUGCUGUUUCAUAUGGUUGCAAAUGGGUCUUUAACAAUAUUUUCUCAGUAUAAAGAAGGUCUUGUUCCACUGCACAGCAUACAACUCCAUCGGCAUGCAAUGCAGAUACUCGGUCUUCUUUUGGUCAAUGACAAUGGAAGCACUGCAAGAUAUAUACGCAAACACCAGCUGAUAAAAGUUCUUUUAAUGGCAGUUAAAGAUUUCAAUCCGGGCUGUGGUGAUUCUGGCUACACCAUGAGCAUUGUGGACUUGUUACUUGAAUGUGUGGAAUUGUCAUACAGACAGGAAGCCGGUGGUGUCAGGCUCAGGGAAGAUAUACAUAAUGCCCAUGGUUAUCAGUUCCUUGUGCAGUUUGCAUUGGUUCUGUCUGCUGUGCCACAAAAUCAGGACCCUCAGUCUGUUUUUUCCAAGACUCCUGCCUUCAAUGGUACAGCAGAUGGGUCUCGUGCAAUAAAUGAUGAACGGAGACAAGAUUUAACAGAAAAGGAAGAUCCCUCACCAGCUCAAUUAUCACCUGCAUUAUCUAGAUUGCUUGAUGUUCUUGUUAAUCUAUCUCAAACUGGUCCUGCUGAAUGUACAGCAUGGUCAGGAGGCAAAAGUUCCAAAUCUUCUCACACUCGCCAUAACAGAAGUCGCACGUCAUCUUUAGAUCGAGUUGCUGAUGAAAAUUGGGAGAAAGACAACACUAAAGUUAAAGACCUUGAAGCAGUCCAGAUGUUGCAAGACAUUUUUCUAAAGGCAGACAGCACAGUACUGCAGGCAGAAGUAUUAAAUAGAAUGUUUAAGAUAUUCUCUAGUCAUCUUGAAAACUAUAAGCUGUGUCAGCAAUUACGGACUGUUCCACUUUUCAUCCUAAAUAUGGCUGGUUUCCCGCCAUCACUGCAAGAGAUAAUCUUGAAAAUUCUAGAGUAUGCUGUAACGGUUGUGAAUUGUGUUCCUGAGCAAGAGUUGCUUUCUCUUUGUUGCUUAUUGCAGCAACCGAUAGCAUCAGAGCUGAAGCACACUAUACUCUCUUUCUUUGUGAAACUUUUAUCAUUUGAUCAACAGUACAAGAAAGUCCUGCGAGAAGUUGGUGUGCUAGAAGUUCUGUUAGAUGAUCUGAAGCAGCACAAGUUUCUUUUGGGCCCAGAACAGCAGACUGUUAGUCCCAGUCAGUCAGAAAGAAAAUCUAGCUCAAGUAGUUUCAAGAAACACAUUGACAGUAAAGAUGCUAUUCUUUCUUCACCCAGGCUAAUGGAAUCUGGUGGCUCAGGGAAGUUACCCAUUUUUGAAAUUGAGGACACAAUAGCUGUUGCAUGGGAUUGUAUGGUCUCUUUAGUGAAGAAAGCUGAAGCCAGUCAAGCGUCAUUUCGGUCAGCUAAUGGUGUGACCAUUGUUCUUCCUUUUCUUGUGUCAAAUGUUCAUCGACCUGGGGUACUCCGGAUAUUAUCAUGUUUGAUCACUGAAGAUAUUGCACAAGUUCAUUCUGAAGAACUAGGUGUACUUGUUGAGGUUCUCAAAAGCGGAAUGGUUACAAGUGGUGCAGGACAUCAGUAUAAGCUUCAAAGUGAUGCAAAAUGUGACACAAUGGGUGCCUUGUGGCGCAUACUGGGAGUCAAUACUUCAGCUCAGAGGGUCUUUGGUGAAGCCACUGGAUUUUCUCUUAUGCUGACCACACUCCAUAGUUUCCAAGGUGAUGGAGAACAGACAGAAGAGUCUUCUUUAGAGGUUUAUAUGAAGGUGUUCACAUACUUGCUGCGCCUCAUGACAGCUGGAGUGUGUGAUAAUGCUAUUAACAGGACAAAAUUGCAUACUAUUAUAUCGUCCCACACUUUUUACGAUCUUCUAUCUGAGUCUGGCUUGCUUUGCGUGGAAUGUGAAAAGCAAGUCAUACAGCUAUUCUUGGAGCUUGCUCUUGAAAUUGUGCUUCCACCAUUCUUGUCAUUAGACAGUGGUAUGCCAACCGAUAUGAUUGAAUCCGGGUCAGCUAGUUUUCUUUUUAUUACUACAUCAGGUCAGUUUAAUCCUGAUAAGGAACGAGUGCACAAUGCUGCUGCCAUUAGAGUUCUUAUCCGCUCGUUGUUGCUUUUCACUCCCAAAGUGCAAUUAGAAGUACUGAACCUUAUAGAAAGGCUUGCUCGUGCUGGCCCCUUUAAUCAGGAAAAUCUCACCUCUGUAGGCUGCGUGGAACUUCUAUUGGAGACAAUCCACCCCUUCCUUUCAGGCUCAUCUCCAUUACUUUUGUACACGUUGAAGAUUGUGGAAGUUCUUGGCGCAUAUAGGUUAUCUGCAUCAGAACUCAGACUGCUUAUUAGAUACAUUCUGCAAACGAGGGUCAUGAAUUCAGGUCAUAUUCUUGUUGAUAUGAUGGAGAGGUUGAUUCUUAUGGAAGAUAUGGCCUCAGAAAAUGUCUCUUUGGCACCGUUUGUUGAGAUGGACAUGAGUAAGGUUGGCCAUGCUGCUGUUCAGGUGUCUCUGGGAGAAAGAUCCUGGCCUCCUUCUGCGGGUUAUUCAUUUGUUUGUUGGUUCCAGUUUAGACAUUUCUUGAAAUCACAGGCAAAGGAAACAGAGCCGUCCAAAGCUGGCCUUUCCAAAAGGCGGAGUAGUUCAUAUGGGCAGCAUAAUGAACGCCAUCUUCUCCGUAUAUUUUCUGUUGGUGCGGCAAGCAAUGAAAGCACAUUUUAUGCAGAACUUUAUCUUCAGGAGGAUGGUGUUCUAACCCUUGCUACUAGCAACUCUAGUGCCUUGACUUUUUCUGGAUUAGAAUUGGAAGAAGGCAGAUGGCAUCACCUUGCUGUUGUUCAUAGCAAACCAAAUGCUCUUGCUGGACUAUUUCAAGCUAGUGUUGCAAAUGUGUAUCUCAAUGGAAAGCUAAAACACACAGGGAAACUAGGAUAUUCGCCUUCUCCGGCUGGGAAACCUUUGCAGGUCACCAUUGGGACACCACUUAAUUGUGCAAGAGUUAGCGAGUUGACAUGGAAACUUCGCUCUUGCUAUCUUUUUGAGGAGGUGCUUACAUCAGGGUGUAUAUGUUUCAUGUACAUUCUUGGUAGAGGAUACAGAGGGCUCUUCCAAGACUCAAACCUUCUACGUUUUGUCCCUAACCAGGCUUGUGGUGGUGGUAGUAUGGCCAUCUUGGAUUCAUUAGAUGCCGACUUGCCAUUGGCAACACAGAAGCUCGAGAGCGCUAGCAAGCAGGGGGAUUCUAAAGUAGAUGGUAGUGGGAUUGUUUGGGAUUUGGAGAGACUAGGAAACCUUUCACUGCAGCUUUCUGGAAAGAAACUUAUAUUUGCAUUUGAUGGAACAUGUACUGAAUCUGUUCGAGCAUCUGGAAUAUUCUCCUUGCUCAAUCUGGUUGAUCCUAUGUCAGCUGCUGCCUCUCCUAUUGGGGGUAUACCACGAUUUGGACGCCUUCAUGGAGAUAUCUAUGUUUGUAGGCAAUCUGUAAUUGGUGAUGCAAUUCGCCCUGUUGGUGGUAUGGCUAUUAUCCUGGCCCUUGUUGAAGCUGCUGAAACCAGGGAUAUGCUUCACAUGGCUUUGACAUUACUUGCCUGUGCACUUCAUCAGAAUCCCCAGAAUGUGAAAGAUAUGAAAAAAUAUAGGGGAUACCAUUUGCUAGCUCUGUUUUUGCGUCGUAGGAUGUCAUUAUUUGACAUGCAAUCUCUUGAGGUCUUUUUUCAAAUUGCUGCAUGCGAGGCUUCAUUUUCUGAACCAAAGAAGUUGGAACGCAGGCAAACUAGUUUAUCACCAGCUGCCACUUUGCUGGAAACCAGCUUUGAGGAACUCAGCUUGUCAAAAUUUCGCGAUGAAAUUUCUUCAGUUGGAUCUCAUGGGGACAUGGAUGAUUUUUCUGUGCAAAAAGAUUCGUUUAGCCAUAUUUCUGAGCUUGAAAAUUCUGAUAUGCUUGUUGAAACUUCAAAUUGUAUUGUCUUGUCAAAUGCAGAUAUGGUUGAGCAUGUCUUGUUGGACUGGACAUUGUGGGUGACUGCCCCAGUUUCAAUUCAAAUUGCACUUCUAGGAUUUCUGGAGCAUUUGGUGUCCAUGCAUUGGUACAGGAAUCAUAACCUUACAGUUCUGCGACGAAUAAACCUUGUUCAGCAUUUGCUAGUCACUCUGCAGCGUGGUGAUGUUGAAGUUCCUGUUUUGGAGAAAUUAGUGGUGUUGCUCGGGGUCAUUUUGGAAGAUGGGUUUCUGGCUUCUGAACUAGAGAAUGUGGUGAGGUUUGUGACUAUGACAUUUGAUCCACCUGAACUGAAACCAAGACAUCGAAUAGUGCGAGAAUCAAUGGGUAAGCAUGUAAUUGUAAGGAAUAUGCUCCUAGAGAUGCUUAUUGAUUUACAAGUAACCAUCAAAUCGGAUGAGUUACUUGAGCAGUGGCAUAAGAUUGUGUCAUCAAAAUUGGUUACGUAUUUCCUUGAUGAAGCUGUUCAUCCUACAAGUAUGAGAUGGAUCAUGACUCUUCUUGGUGUGUCUCUUGCUUCUUCUCCCACAUUUGCUCUUAAAUUUCGCACAAGUGGUGGUUAUCAGGGUCUGAUGCGGGUGCUUCCUAGUUUUUAUGAUUCUCCUGAUAUAUAUUAUAUUUUGUUCUGUCUGAUAUUUGGAAGGCCUGUGUACCCGAGACUACCAGAAGUGCGCAUGCUAGAUUUUCAUGGCCUUAUGCCAAGCGAUGGAAGCUACGUGGAGUUGAAAUAUGUGGAACUAUUGGAAUCAGUGAUUGCGAUGGCAAAAUCUACUUUUGAUAGGUUAAGCAUGCAGUCAAUGCUUGCUCAUCAAACUGGUAAUCUUUCCCAGGUUGGUGCCAGCCUUGUCGCAGAGCUUGUGGAAGGAAAUGCAGACAUGACAGGAGAGCUUCAAGGUGAAGCUUUGAUGCACAAGACAUAUGCAGCACGCUUAAUGGGUGGUGAGGCAUCAGCUCCUGCUGCUGCAACCGCAGUUCUAAGAUUUAUGGUUGAUCUUGCAAAGAUGUCUCCUCCCUUUGCAGCCGUCUGCAGAAGGCCUGAAUUUCUUGAAAGCUGCAUUGACCUUUAUUUUUCUUGCAUCAGGGCAGCUUAUGCAGUGAAGAUGGUGAAAGCACUUUCUGAGCAGACAGAAGAAAAGGACUUGAAUGAUUGUGAUGAUACCAGCAGUUCUCAAAAUACAUUCUCUAGCUUACCUCUUGAACAAGAACACUCUGUGAAGACCUCCAUUAGUGUCGGAAGCUUCCCUCAAGGGCAUGCAAGUACUAGUUCUGAAGAUAUGCCCGUGCCCCUAAAUGAUGUGGCUGAUGUUAAAGCUGAGAUCGAUGUCUCUAAUUCCCAUGAGGAAUUGAAAAAAUCAACCCAAUGUGUUGCAGCUGUUCGGAACUUGGAUGGGGAUAAUGCUGACCAGAAUUUUGCCACCUCUAGCUCAAAUGAAUUCAAUAUCCGUAAUGUUAAUGGCAAUAUGGAUUCCUUUCGACAGGCAGAAUCCCAGAGUUCAGCAUCUCUUAAUAUACCAGAUUCUCCUAUUAUGUCAGAGAAGUCGAGUUCAAGAAUUCCCCUCACACCAUCUUCAUCUCCGGCUGUUGCAUUGUCAUCUUGGCUUGGCAGCGCAUCCCACAAUGAAUCCAAAGCUUCUUUACAAGCCACUCCUUCCAUGGAGUCUUCUGUGUCUGGUAGUGAAUUUGAUCCAUCUGCAGACUUGAAGUCUAUUUCCCAAGGACCAUCUGCUGCAAAUUCCUUUUUUGCAGUUAGCCCGAAGCUUCUACUUGAAAUGGAUGAUUCUGGCUAUGGGGGUGGGCCAUGUUCUGCCGGAGCGACUGCUGUGUUAGAUUUCAUGGCAGAAGUUCUUUCUGAUUUUAUCACUGAGCAGAUUAAAGCAGCACAGGUUAUAGAGGGCAUCUUGGAAACAGUACCUUUAUAUGUUGAUGCUGAAUCUUUGUUAGUUUUCCAGGGUUUGUGCUUUAGCAGACUGAUGAACUUUUUGGAAAGGCGUCUUUUGCGUGACGAUGAGGAAGAUGAGAAAAAGCUAGACAAAAGUCGAUGGACCUCAAACUUGGAUGCAUUAUGCUGGAUGAUAGUAGAUCGUAUCUAUAUGGGUGCCUUUCCUCAACCUGCUAGCGUGUUGAAAACUCUCGAGUUCAUGUUGUCAAUGUUACAGUUGGCAAACAAAGAUGGUCGCAUUGAAGAAGCAGCUCCUGCAGGAAAGAGUCUUUUAUCUAUUACGAGAGGAAGCAGGCAACUUGAUACUUAUAUAAAUUCACUCCUUAAGAACACAAAUCGUACGAUAAUGUAUUGUUUUUUGCCAUCAUUUUUGGUCACCAUAGGAGAGGAUGAUCUUCUUUCACGCUUAGGUUUGCUUAUUGAGCCAAAGAAAAGAUUAUCGUCCAAUUCUUCACAAGAAGAUUCAGGAAUUGAUAUCUGCACAGUUUUACAGUUGCUAGUUGCUCACAAGCGCAUUAUUCUCUGUCCCAGCAAUGUUGAUACUGAUCUGAAUUGCUGUCUUUGUGUAAAUCUAGUAUCUCUUAUCCGUGAUCAAAGGCAAAAUGUUCAGAACAUGGCAGUCGAUAUUAUCAAAUAUCUGCUGGUGCUUCGCAGGGCUGCGCUAGAAGACUUGCUUGUUUCUAAACCAAAUCAAGGGCAGCACUUGGAUGUACUACAUGGUGGCUUUGACAAAUUAUUGACUGGUAGUUUAUCUACUUUCUUUGAGUGGUUUCAGAGGUCUGAAUUGAUGGUCAACAAAGUAUUGGAGCAGUGUGCAGCCAUUAUGUGGGUUCAAUGUAUUGCUGGAUCAGCAAAAUUUCCAGGAGUGAGAAUUAAAGGUUUGGAGGGUCGUCGUCGGAGGGAAAUGGGGAGAAGAUCGCGGGAUAUUUUGAAGUUAGACCAAAAACAUUGGGAACAGGUAAAUGAACGAAGAUAUGCAUUGGAAAUGCUUCGUGAUGCAAUGUCUACUGAGUUAAGAGUUGUCCGCCAAGAUAAGUAUGGAUGGGUUCUUCAUGCUGAAAGUGAGUGGCAAACCCUUCUUCAACAACUUGUACAUGAGCGCGGAAUAUUCCCACUGCGGAAAUCCUCUGCAAUUGAAGAUCCUGAAUGGCAGCUUUGUCCCAUUGAAGGUCCAUACAGGAUGCGCAAAAAGCUUGAGCGCUGCAAAUUGAGGAUUGACACUGUCCAAAAUGUUCUUGAUGGACAGUUUGAAUUAGGAGAAGCAGAGUUGUCCAAAGGAAAAUAUGAGAAUGGUCUUGAAGCUUCUGAUACUGACACUGAAUCAUUUUUUCAUCUUUUAACUGAUGGUGCCAAACAAAAUGGUGUGGAUGGCGAUAUGUAUAGUGAAUUUCUUAAAGAAUCAGAUGAUGUGAAAGGUGCAGCUUCUGAUAGAAGUGGAUGGAAUGACGAUCGAGCUAGUAGCUUGAAUGAAGCAAGUCUUCACUCAGCACUUGAGUUUGGUGUCAAGUCUAGUACCGUGUCUGUCCCAAUGUCAGAGAGCAUGCAAGAAAAAUCUGACAUUGGAACUCCAAUGCAAUCAUCAUCUAAUAAAACAGAUGAAAUCAUAGUCACGGAAGAUAAAUCAGAUAAAGAACUGAAUGAUAAUGGUGAAUAUCUGAUCCGACCAUAUUUGGAACCUCACGAAAAGAUACGAUUCAAAUAUAACUGUGAGCGAGUUGUGGGUUUGGACAAGCAUGAUGGUAUAUUUUUGAUCGGGGAACUUUCUUUAUACAUAAUUGAGAAUUUUUACAUCGACGAUUCUGGCUGUAUUUGUGAAAAAGAAUGCGAGGAUGAACUCUCUGUUAUUGAUCAGGCUUUGGGUGUAAAGAAGGAUGUUACUGGCAGUGCCGAUUUCCAGUCCAAGUCAACUUCAUCCUGGACCACAACUUUAAGGACAUGUGUUGGCGGAAGGGCAUGGGCCUAUAAUGGUGGUGCAUGGGGCAAGGAGAAAGUGUGUACUAGUGGUAAUUUACCCCAUCCUUGGCAUAUGUGGAAGCUUAACAGUGUUCAUGAGAUUCUGAAACGUGAUUACCAGCUCCGACCUGUUGCUGUUGAGAUUUUCAGCAUGGAUGGAUGCAAUGAUCUCCUUGUGAAUAGCAUGUUGGACACUACAAUUUCUGGAUCAGUAAAACAAGAAAGUAACGAGGGCAGCCGCUUAUUUAAGAUAAUGGCUAAAUCCUUCUCCAAAAGGUGGCAAAAUGGAGAAAUUAGCAAUUUCCAAUAUCUCAUGCAUCUCAACACCUUGGCUGGUAGAGGAUACAGUGAUCUGACCCAAUAUCCAGUGUUUCCAUGGGUUCUAGCUGAUUAUGAGAGUGAAAAUCUGGAUUUCUCAAAUCCUAAAUCAUUUCGUAAGCUUGAGAAACCAAUGGGUUGUCAGACACUAGAGGGAGAAGAAGAAUUUAAGAAAAGAUAUGAGACCUGGGAUGAUCCAGAGGUUCCAAAAUUUCAUUAUGGCUCUCACUAUUCUAGUGCUGGAAUUGUCCUCUUCUACCUUCUGCGCCUUCCACCCUUCAGUGUAGAGAAUCAGAAGCUGCAAGGUGGUCAAUUUGAUCAUGCAGAUCGUCUUUUCAACAGUAUUCGAGAUACUUGGUUAAGUGCAGCCGGGAAGGGAAAUACGUCUGAUGUCAAGGAAUUGAUUCCAGAAUUCUUUUACAUGCCAGAAUUUCUGGAAAACAGUUUCGAUCUUGAUUUGGGAGAGAAACAAUCAGGGGAGAAGGUUGGUGGUGUCCUUUUACCACCUUGGGCAAAAGGCAGUGCUAGAGAGUUUAUUAGGAAGCAUAGAGAGGCACUGGAAUGCGAUUUUGUUUCUGAAAAUCUUCAUCACUGGAUAGAUCUCAUUUUUGGAUAUAAACAGAGAGGGAAGGCAGCUGAAGAAGCUGUAAAUGUUUUCUAUCAUUACACAUAUGAGGGGAGUGUGGACAUAGACUCUGUUACAGAUCCUGCAAUGAAAGCCUCAAUUCUUGCACAAAUCAAUCACUUUGGGCAGACACCCAAGCAACUAUUCCUUAAACCCCAUGUGAAGAGACGUUCCGAUAGAAGGAUUCCUCAUCCACUCAAGUAUUCGUCCCAUCUUGCUCCACAUGAAAUACGCAAGAGCUCAUCUGCCAUUACCCAGAUUGUUACUUUUCAUGAGAAAAUUCUUGUAGCGGGCACAAACAGUUUGCUUAAGCCUACCACGUAUACCAAAUAUGUUGCAUGGGGUUUCCCAGAUCGUAGCUUGAGAUUUAUGAGCUAUGAUCAAGAUAGACUCCUCUCAACACAUGAGAAUCUUCAUGGAGGCAGCCAGAUUCAGUGUGCUGGUGCUAGUCAUGAUGGUCAAAUUUUGGUUACAGGAGCUGAUGAUGGGUUACUGUGUGUUUGGAGAAUCAGCAAGGAUGGCCUUCGUGUGCUGCGGCACCUGCAGUUGGAGAAUGCCCUUUGUGGUCACACGGCCAAAAUCACAUGCCUUCAUGUUAGCCAGCCUUACAUGCUGAUUGUGAGUGGCUCCGAUGACUGCACAGUUAUUGUAUGGGACCUCAGCUCCUUGGUUUUUGUUAGGCAGCUACCCGAGUUUCCUGUGCCAAUUUCAGCAAUUUAUGUGAAUGACUUAACUGGUGAGAUUGUGACGGCAGCUGGAAUUAUGCUUGCUGUCUGGAGCAUCAAUGGGGAUUGCCUUGCAGCGAUUAACACAUCCCAACUGCCAUCUGAUUCUAUUCUCUCAGUGACAAGCUGUACAUUUUCCGAUUGGCUGGACACAAACUGGUAUGUGACAGGUCACCAGAGUGGGGCAGUUAAGGUGUGGCAUAUGGUCCACUGCUCCAACCAAGAGAGUGCCUUGAGUAAAUCUGGCUGCAAUCUGACGGGUGGGCUAAAUUUAGGUGAUAAGGUACCUGAGUACAGGUUACUUCUCCAUAAGGUACUGAAGUUUCAUAAACAUCCGGUUACUUCCCUUCAUCUGACAAGCGACCUGAAGCAGUUACUCAGCGGGGAUUCUGGUGGGCAUUUGCUCUCUUGGACACUACCAGAGGAGAGCUUGAUGGCUUCAUCUAAUCAGGGGUGCCGAAUUCCUGGCAAGCAUGAAGACUGCUGUGCCGGGCUUCUGAUUGAGAGAAGGGAUAGCGAAGGCUUGCUUCUUGUUGUACUUUGGGUACUUGGGGAGGGCAUUUUUGGUUUUGCACGUGAACAUCGGUUAUCAGGUUGUUUGUUCAUUGUAUAUAGAUGGAAUUAUGAACAGUGUGUAAUGAAGUUGUAUAGGGGAAAAGGGUGCCAGGAAUGGAGAGUUGUGAAACCAUCUGGCCAGGACUGGAUCGUGAUACAAGUUAAUUGGGGGCUAUUGUAUUCUUCGGCUUAA